AUGUCUUUCUCAGCCCUGGACUACCAACUUGGCGGCUUGGCGGGCUUGACAGGAGACGAAGUUCAAGGUGAAGCCACCGGCCUUCUCAAUACGAGCGCAGCGAUCUCAUCCAUGGUAAAUGAGCUUUCGGAGCUGCUAACCACCCCGCCUUCACUGUAUCUUGACCUUGAAGGAGUUAACCUAUCACGUCAUGGAACUAUAUCGAUCCUGCAAAUCCAUGUCCGCACCACGGGCCAGAGCUACCUUGUCGAUGUGAAGACGCUCGGCGAAAUGGUAUUCUCGACUCCAGGAAUACGUACACCCAACACACUGAACGAGAUUUUGGAGUCACCCUCUAUUGCGAAGGUUUUGUUUGAUCUCAAGGGAGUUCAAGACCUUCAGUUGAUGGAGCUUGCUACUCGUCCAGAAGGCCGCAGACAGUUUGUCAGCGGGUUGAAGAGCUGCAUCAGUAGAGAUUUACCCGUGACACCCAUGGAGAAGUCCGAGUGGAUGAAAACCAAGGAUGAUGGAAAGAAGCUUUUCGCUCCUGAGCAGGGCGGGAGCUACGAGUUGUUCAACCAAUGGCCACUCCCGGAGAGAAUCCGGGCAUACUGUGUUCAGGACGUACAUUAUCUGCCUCGCCUGUGGGAUCUGUAUGAUCACAAACUCACCGAGGCUUGGAGAGCGAAGGUACUAGAAGCCACAGAAGCCCGUGUAGCACAGUCUCAAGCUCCUGAUUACAUCGGGCAGGGGAAACACAAGAUGCUAGCUCCAGCGGGAUGGGCAUCUUGUUGA